CAGAGGGGAGGGAGAAAGAGAGAGAGAGAGAGAGAAAGAGAAAGAGAAAGAGAGAGAGAGAGGACGAGCGCCACACACAACGAGGGAACCCCAUCAGCUGGAAGUCGAGUAACAUUACAACUCUCAGCAGCCUGAAACUACUACACUACACAGACGAGGGAUUCAUAUCUUCUCUGAGGAUUUAACCCGCCUCGGAUCACGGGAUUUCUGCUCUCUAACGUCAUAUUUUUUUUUUCUAUUCUGCGGAGACUGUUUGCUGUUUUUUUAGGAGUGUGGGGGGGGGGGCAAACUGGCGAGAGGCGAGCAUGGAGUAUUUCAUGGUACCAGCUCAGAAGGUGCCCUCCUUGCAACAUUUCAGGAAAACGGAGAAAGAAGUGAUUGGAGGUCUUUGCAGUCUGGCCAACAUUCCUCUGACCCCAGAAACAGCCCGGGACCAAGAAAGGCGAAUUCGCAGAGAGAUUGCUAACAGCAACGAGCGUCGGCGUAUGCAGAGCAUCAAUUCUGGAUUCCAGUCACUUAAAACGCUCAUCCCACACAGCGAUGGGGAGAAGCUCAGUAAGGCUGCCAUCCUGCAACAGACAGCGGAGUACAUUUUCACUUUGGAGCAGGAGAAGACGCGGCUAUUGCAGCAGAACAGUCAGCUCAAACGAAUCAUACAAGAGUUAAGUGGUUCCUCCCCUAAGAGACGGCGUGCGGAGGAGAAAGAUGAAGGGAUUGGCUCACCAGACAUUCUGGAGGAGGAGAAGACUGAGGACUUGAGGAGGGAGAUGAUUGAGUUAAGGCAGCAGCUGGAGAAAGAGCGCUCGGUCAGGAUGUUGCUGGAAGAUCAGAUGCGUUCCCUGGAUGCCCAGUUGUACCCAGAGAAACUGAAGGUGUUCACCCAGCAGGUCCAGGAGCACCAGACUCAAACACAGAGCCUUGUCCGUCUGCAGCAGCACAAACAGCUGGAGAGGGACCUUACUCCAGCCCACAGCCCACAGGUGUUGGCCCUGGCUACCCCGCCUGCACCUACACACCAUGCCACAGUCAUCGUCCCUGCGCCUUUCCAGCCUCCCCAGCCCCCCCAGCCCCAUCAUGUCACCGUUGUAACCAUGGGCCCGACAUCAGUUAUCAAUGCAGUGUCCACAUCUCGACACAACCUGGACACCAUCGUUCAAGCAAUCCAGCACAUCGAGGGCACCCAGGGAAAGGGUUGUGUUGGCGAGGAAGAGCAGCGGAGGGCGGUCAUCGUCACUUCAGGGCGUGUCCCCUCCGACGCUGCGGGCUCAGACACAGCCUCAAACAGCGACGGGCCCGACGACUGUUCACUGCCCUGAGUUCAUCCUCGAAGUCUCACACGCCGUACACUUACAUACGCGCACACACUUACACACAAAAGGCCCAAGCAGACCAGGGCUACAGGAGGCUUCAAACCCACAGCACUCUUGUUUAGUGGACAUUAAUAGGGCUGGUAGACAGAUUGAAGCACUCGUUUUUUGUUUCUUUUCAGUACACUCUUCCAUGUUGUACUUUGAUAGGCAGCCCAAAUAGGUUUACACUUAUACACACACACUCAUACAUGCAGUCUCUCUUGUGUCUUUUUCUCUGCUUAUCUUUAGCCCCCUGCUAUCCACACACACAAACUCUUGUCUGUUCAUUAGUUUAUAGAGAGGUUAUUAGAGUGGCUACUUCACCGACUGAUCCAUAAAUGCUCCGUCAGAAUGUCUGCUAAACCUCACCAUUAUCACCAGGACUGUUCUCUUUUAUUCGGCCCUGAAGCAAUGGGACUGAUCCACGAAACAGGAGUCAAAGAAGCCAGCAGUGUGGCGUCAUCGCCACUAAACAGCAGUGCAUUUUCGUUUAAGAUGAACAUCCUUUAAACCUCCUAAAACACCACAACAGAGAGGAAUUUAAAAGCAGUUUUCAUGGCUGACUGGUGCUCACAGGAAAUGAAGCGAAGCUCGGGAGGAGAGUGUGCUUACUGGUUCUCAGCUCUAUUCUUUUUGUUUUGUUUGUUGCCAUUUUUACUGGGCUGGGUUCCCAGUAAGUUCACAUAUGUAUUGCCAUGUUCUUUUUACUCAUGGCCUGACAAAAUAAUAUCAGUGCUUUGACAUUUAUUGACACGAUCCCCUCUUGAAUUUAAAAGCACCUGGCUUGUUAAAUAAGCUAAUCUGAGGGCACUCGAGUGAUUUCCACUGGUGUGUGUGUCCCAUUUAGCGUUUUGAAUCAGCAGGGCUCAACGGUGUCACAGACUCUGGCAGUCUGUAACAGCACCGCUUUUACCUUGAAAUAAAGGCUUGUGUGUAUGUGCGCACAACACUCACACAUACAAAUAUGGCUGACAUACAAUCACUUGUUAGCUCAAAUUUAGGGCUUGUUUAUUUAGCCCUUAACAUUGUUGUUUCUUGUCCAAAUGUUGAGACAUCUAUCAAAGCAGAUAAUACUUUAAAUACGAGGAACAUGCCCGGUAAAAUUGUUUGAAUGUGCCAUAGAGGUGACUGGGUUGACCACACAUGCUCUAUGCAUUUACUUGCAUAGAUUAUUUGUCCUCUUGCGUGCUCUUUGUCUAGUGUACCAUGCUAUUUACACGUUUCUGCUCUGAUCAUAUGUUUUGCCUGGAACUGUUGGUUAACAGACAUUAAGACAUGUAGCUGAAAGAGGCAGCAGCUUGCCUUACUAAUAGCCCGUGGGUGCAGGGAGGCACUGUGAAGCCAACCUUAACAGAGCCCCCGGGGUCUGAGAGACGUACCUUAACACUUAAUCUGCGCCGUUUGGUGGCCACUGGAAUCCCUCUGGUUUUCCCCUCAGCUUUCCAAACAGGCUUGUAAACACCCAGGGUGUGUUAGAAUAUAUACUCACAGUUAUUUUGUCUAUUUCACUUAUGCUUUGUUUGAUUAUGUUUGCCACAAACAUGGAACAGGUUGCUGGUAUACCAAUUACAUUCAAGCACUCCUGAUAUUUGUUAUUCCUAAAAUAUUCUAAAUGUAUUUGCAACCAUUGGCCCCUUCGUGUGCAUAAAAGCCAGAUGUGUGGGGUAAAAAAUUCCACAUUGAAAUGUUGACAUUCCAUUAAAAUGUUACUAAUUUUUCCUGUCUGGUUACUUUUCAAAAGUGAAACCUGGUCUAUUUAGAGACUACAUUUGCAUUUAGUGCUUUUGACACAUCACUGCUAUUUUAUAAUUGCAUUUAAUGACAAACUCAUUAUUAGAAUCCCCUGCAUUAAUGCAUAGAUGGAGCUUUGAACUGCUGGACAGAUAAUGUGUUCAAUUGAACGCACCACAUCUAUCAUGAUUAUGUCAUGGAAUUGCCCUUUAAAGAAAUAUUGAUGUCAGCUGCACUGAAAAUGAGUGACGCAUCUGUCAAAUUAAAUCAUGGGACAUUUUCCUAGUACUUAUCACUAUAGGCAGGGGAUUCCUGGAUAUGGAAAAUGUGUUUUGAAAGCUCUGCUUUUUACUCUGAGUAUCUGCAUUUGAUAGUUUUCUGCUGAAACCCAGAGCUGUUCUAUUUCCAUCUGUGUUUUACACUCUGUUCUGUGUGUUACGAAAUGUUACAUUGACAUAUCAGCUUGUCAGAUGAGUGGGGUGGGCCUGGGGAUCAUUAAAUGGGGUCAAAAUUACAAAGCACUUACUGUACUAUACUGGAGUCUGCCUCUUUCUUUUGUAUAAAGGGGCAUCUCCUCAGCUGAAGCUCUUUAGGAUAUGAAUAAAAGCCGCACAGCUGUGUAUCCCCCUUUUCCUCCAUGUCCAGACCUCCUACAUCUUGUCCUGUUUGCCCCUCUCAUCUUUUUUGUUGUUUUUUGCAAAAUCCUUUAUGCCAUCUUUGUUUAUCUAUUGCCAUUAUUUCUUGUGUCCUUUACAUUUCGCCGCUCCCUCCUCUCCCUCUCCUUUUGUUCCUGUAACCUUUUUUUUUGUUAACCUUUCGGUGCAUAUGGUCGUCAAGAAGCUAUUUUUUGUCUUUGUUUUGUUUUUAAGAGAAAUGUUUUGGGGAUAAAGAGGCUUGUGCCUUUGUAAAGACAGAAUAAUAAAGUUUGUACUUUGUUUUUUACGCAUUGG